GAAAUUUACGUGAGGCGUCGUUUAGGAGCGACCGUAAAAAGGAGCUCUGCUUCCUGUUGCAUACAAACCUGCGCUCAAUUCACCUUUUCUUGCAUAGUUUACCUUGUAUCUGCUUCAGCAAUGGUUGCCCCUUCUGUCUCUCUGCGACCCAUCGUCAUCUCUGGACCUUCUGGCACCGGAAAGUCGACGCUUCUCAAGCGUCUGUUUGCUGAUUACCCGGAUACCUUUGGAUUCUCGGUCUCGCACACCACCCGAAAGCCCAGACCCGGUGAGGUCAACGGUGUUGCCUACCAUUUCGUUGAGCGACCGGAUUUUGAGAAGCUGAUUAAGGAGAAUGCGUUCCUUGAGCAUGCUGAGUUCUCUGGCAACUACUACGGAACUUCGAUCAAGUCCGUGCAGGAUGUUGCUGAGAAGGGAAAGACGUGCAUCCUGGAUAUCGAUAUGCAGGGUGUCAUUUCCGUUAAGAAGACCGACCUGAAUGCUCGCUUCCUCUUCCUUGCUCCUCCCAGCUUGGAGACUCUGCGUGCUAGAUUGGAAGGCAGAGGCACCGAAAGCCCUGAGAGCGUUCAGAAGAGAAUGGACCAGGCUACCAAGGAGAUGGAGUUUGCAAAGACCGGUGCCCAUGAUAAGAUUAUCGUCAACGACAACUUGGACAAGUGCUACGAGGACCUCAAGGCUUUCAUCUUCGAGUAAAGAUGUGAAAUUCAGUAUCUUCAUAAUUUUCGAUCGACUUUUUGUACAAAACGCCUCUUUAUGAUAGACAUAUUUAAUAUAUAGAGCUCACUCAAAAGUGAC